UGCGCGGCGCGCCCCGGCGGCGAUGACGUAGCGCUGUUGCGGCCUCGGCUACCCGCGAGCGCAGCGCGGGCGGCGCCCGCCACCCCGGUCGCGAGACUCCGCUUUGUUCCGGGCCUGUCCCUUGGCCGUGCCGCCCGCAGCCCCGCGUCGCGCUGGCGUCGUCCUCGUCUCCGCCGGCGCCCCGGCGCGAGCCGGACGGCGAGGCCAUGGACGCGGAGCUGGUGGUGACGCCUCCGGGCUGUGCGCACCUGGGCAGCUUCAAGGUGGACAACUGGAAGCAGAACCUGCGCGCCAUUUAUCAGUGCUUCGUGUGGAGCGGCUCGGCGGAGGCCCGCAAGCGCAAGGCGAAGUCGUGCGUGUGUCACGUGUGCGGCGUCCACCUGAACCGGCUGCACUCGUGCCUCCACUGCGUCUUCUUUGGCUGUUUCACGAAGAAACACAUUCACGAGCACGCCAAGUCGAAAAGGCACAACCUGGCCAUAGAGCUUAUGUAUGGAGGUAUCUACUGCUUCUUGUGUCAGGACUACAUUUAUGACAAAGACAUAGAAAUCAUUGCCAAAGAGGAACAGCGGAAAGCUUGGAAAAUGCAAGGUGUCGGGGAGAAGUUUUCAACGUGGGAGCCGACCAAACGGGAGCUCGAGCUGCUGAAACACAACCCCAAGCGACGGAAGAUCACGUCCAACUGCACCAUAGGUCUCCGCGGCCUCAUCAACCUCGGGAACACGUGCUUCAUGAACUGCAUCGUGCAGGCGCUGACGCACACGCCGCUGCUGCGCGACUUCUUCCUGUCCGACCGGCACCGCUGCGAGAUGCAGAGCCCUGGCUCCUGCCUGGUCUGCGAGAUGUCCUCCCUCUUCCAGGAGUUCUACUCGGGGCACCGGUCCCCCCACAUCCCAUACAAGCUGCUGCACCUGGUGUGGACGCACGCCCGGCACCUGGCGGGCUACGAGCAGCAGGACGCGCACGAGUUCCUCAUCGCGGCCCUGGACGUCUUGCACCGGCACUGCAAAGGUGAUGAUAAUGGGAAAAAGGCCAACAACCCUAACCACUGCAACUGCAUCAUAGACCAGAUCUUCACAGGGGGGCUGCAGUCCGACGUCACCUGCCAAGUGUGCCAUGGGGUCUCCACCACCAUCGACCCCUUCUGGGACAUCAGCCUGGACCUGCCCGGCUCUUCCACCCCCUUCUGGCCACUGAGCCCUGGGAGCGAGGGCAGCGUGGUGAACGGAGAGAGCCACGCGUCGGGAACCACGACCCUCACGGACUGCCUGCGGAGGUUUACCAGACCAGAGCACUUAGGAAGCAGUGCCAAGAUCAAGUGUAGCGGUUGCCAUAGCUACCAGGAGUCCACAAAGCAGCUCACCAUGAAGAAGCUGCCCAUCGUGGCCUGCUUCCAUCUCAAACGAUUCGAACACUCGGCCAAGCUUCGGCGCAAGAUCACCACCUACGUGUCCUUCCCCCUGGAGCUGGACAUGACCCCCUUCAUGGCCUCCAGCAAAGAGAACAGGAUGAACGGACAGUACCAGCAGCCGGUGGACAGUCUCAGUAACGAUAACAAGUACUCCUUGUUUGCGGUGGUCAACCACCAGGGGACCCUGGAGAGUGGCCACUACACCAGCUUCAUCCGGCAGCACAAGGACCAGUGGUUCAAGUGUGACGACGCCAUUAUCACCAAGGCUGGCAUUGCAGACGUGCUGGACAGUGAGGGGUACCUGCUCUUCUAUCACAAACAGUUCCUGGAGUACGAGUAGCCGUCGGCGCACCGGCAAGUCCCCCGAAGUCAUCCGGGUGCCCGGGGUCAUGCUGUGUGGACACUUGGCAAGAGGUGGGCUGGGGGGGGUGGGGGCAGAGGAGACGUGCGCCGGAGUGUCUCCUGUGUCCCCCGCGAGCCGGGGCAGGCGCAGCCCCCGCGCCAGCCGUUCCACGCUGGGGCCCAGAAAGCAGGAGGUGGAGGAGAUGCAGGCCUCGCGGGUCUUUCUCUUGGUGAGUUUGGUGUCCGUGCGCAGCGCGGACUCGGGCGUGAGCCCCGGAGCCUGUGGAGCUGAAGACCCCGUGGGGCCUCCGAGCACGUCUGUCCUGCAUGUGGAAGCAGAUCCCCGUUUUCUAGAGAUAGGCGUUUGCGUAUCGUCCCCCUUUCUCUCUCUUUCCACGAUGGUGAAUCUCUUAAACGUAAUGAUGGUAACGUGAAUGAAUUAUUGAGUUCAGGCUGAAAUUUAGAUCGUUUUCCUUUUAUCCUGGAGAAUGGAUCUUGCUUUUUCAUCGGUGCUGUUUUUGUUGCCCCCCGCCCACCCCCCCGCAGGCACCUUGGACCUGGUCAGAGCUGCCUGGCUCAGUGGAGGAGAAUCAGGCUGCGCUGGGAACGGUCUCUGUCGUAUUAAUCUUUUAGUACCUGAAGCGUUUCCAGUGGUUUCACUGUUUCCCUCCCGUGUUUCCUUCCUGGCCACCUGUCCCGCGAGCUCUCCUGGUCGCUGCUGGGCGGCAGGUGUGUCGGAUGAUGCGGCGGCCUCCAGGGGGGCUGCAUCCUGGCUCUGGGUGCCUCUGCCUUGCGUUCCAGUAGCUUCCGUUGCCGCAGGACAGACGGCCGGGACUGAGCUGGUGGGAGGGGCUGACGGGGGAGGUGCAGCAUCAUUGUUCCUCGUGAGCCGUCUCGCAAGCAUCUGUCUGUUCACACCCAAACUUAGAUUGUCCGUCUCUGAGAUUCCAGCCCAGAGACGGGGGACGAGCCAGUGUCCCCUGAACGUGAGGCUUCUUUCCUGCAGAGGAACACGUUCACCUGCGGCAGGGUCAGCGGACUCUCCACAGAGGGCCAGGUAGUAGAUGUUUUUGACUUUGGGGGCCCUGUGGUCUCUGCUGCAGGUAACGUGGAUGAGCGUAGCUGUGUUCCAGUAGAACUUUACAUGAUCACGGGAAGUUGAAUUUCAUAUACUUUAGCCACGUCAUAAAAUUUCAGCCGUUGUCACUGUUUAAAAACGUGUGACGGGUUCUCAGCCGACAGACCGUGAACCAGGUCCAGCUCGUCGGCUGCUCGGGUCUGGGCGCGGCGUGGCUCCUGCUCCCCCCGUGGAAGGUGCUGGGGUCCUGCGGCGGGGGCGUCGUACCCGGCAGAGUCCUCAACGACGCAGCUCAGGCGCCUGCCCCGCGUGGCCCGUCCGCUGUGGCUGCUCUGAGGGCCCUGGAGCCCUGGGCCUCCGUGCAGAGUGGCGACAGAGGAGAUGUACUGGCCGCGGGGUUUCUGGCGGCUCGCCUGUGGUCUGGUCAGCCCUGCGGCCCUCCCCUGCCGCCCACUCAUGUCCAGGGCUCAGCUGCUCCAAGGAUGUGAAGAUUCAGGAGACAGUGAGGCCGUUUCUCUUUUCUGAGUGUUCUUUUGAAUUUUUAUGUCGAAGUUAACCCUCUGUUCCCUCUGGCCUGGUGUUCUGAGCACUUAUCUCUCUGCUGCUGAGAUUCCCCUGUGGCUGGAAGAACUACCUGGGGGGCGCGGUGAGGCUCCGGCUGCCUGCACGCGCGCCCGCCCCCCGUCCCGCGCGCUGAGGUCCUGCUUUGAUGUCACCUCGUCAGGAACAAACAACUGCGUGAUGGGUUGGGGGAUUUAUUUUCUUUCAGCUCCCGAUGCAGCUACUAAAUACGGGAAAAUGGUUUCCUGUUUCAAACCACCACCGUGUCAAUGUCCAGACCGCUGAGGAAUCCCUGGGCGACCCUUCCUCCCCGGCUAGUGUGUUUAAAGUGACUUGUGUUUGUGAGACGUUGGCUGCCGUGUCAGCGCUUUACAGUGAGACAGUGGGCUCUCCCUGGGUGUCCUGAGCGGGGGGCUGGGCCCGGGCCCUCUCCAGGCCUCCUUGGGCCUCCCGUCAGCGCCAGAAUGUCCAGGACGCUCCUGCUGCAUCACGUACACUCGUGCCGUUGUAGUUCUGCUCCGUGUGGAUGCUUUCGUCGUAUAAAAUUGCCGUUCUUUUGACAAUUCAAGUGACUUGUUUCGUCGUUUACUAUAACUUUGAAAACAGAAAUCGUAAGAACGAGAUUCCAAUGAUUGUGCUGUGGAUUUUAUUACUGGGAUGUUUCCGCGUCCCUUUCACCUGUCGUUUUGAGGGACUGUUUGGCUCUUCUCUCUAAUGGCUUGUAGUCUUUUCCUGUGUCGUAAUAAAGCUACAUUUUAUUCUGAAAA